GGGACCCCUACUCGCCGCGCGGCUCCGGAGCCCGCGGUGCACCCGCGCGGGAGGCCCGCCCGCCUCCGCGAUGCCGCGAGCGCCCCGGUGCCGCGCCGUGCGCGCCCUGCUGCGGAGCCGCUAUCGCGAGGUGAUGCCGCUGGCCACCUUCGCGAGGCGCCUGGGGCCCGAGGGCCGGCGGCUCGUGCAGAGCGGGGACCCCGCGGCCUUCCGCUCGCUCGUGGCCCAGUGCCUGGUGUGCGUGCCCUGGGACGCGCGGCCGCCUCCGGCCGCCCCGGACUUCCGCCAGGUGUCCUCCCUGAAGGAGCUGGUGGCCCGGGUCGUGCAGCGGCUGUGCGAGCGCGGCGCCAGGAACGUGCUGGCCUUCGGCUUCGCGCUGCUGGACGAGGCCCGCGGCGGCCCGCCCGUGGCCUUCACGACCAGCGUGCGCAGCUACGUGCCCAACACGGUGACCGACGCGCUGCGGGGCAGCGGCGCGUGGGGGCUGCUGCUGCGCCGCGUGGGCGACGACGUGCUCGCCCACCUGCUGGCGCGCUGCGCGCUCUACGUGCUGGUGGCCCCGAGCUGCGCCUACCAGGUGUGCGGGCCGCCGCUCUACGACCUCGUCGCCGCGGGACGCGCCGGCCUCGAGCCCGCGCGCGGGGCCUGGAGCGGCGGCGGCGGGGAGGCUCCCGGCUCUCGGCGGCGUCCGGGCGGCGAGCGGGAAAGUCCGCCUCGGGCCAAGAGGCGCAGGUGCGGCCAGGUCCCGGAGCCGGAGCCGGAGCCGGAGCCGGAGCCGGAGCCGGAGCCGGAGCCGCAGCGAGGCCUCGCCGCGCAGGCGUCCUGGGCCCAGCCGGGCAGGGCGCGCGGGCCGGCCGACCGCGAUCCCCGCGCGGUGACACGUACCCGAGCUGCCGGGGCAGCCGCGUCAGGGGAGAGCGCGCCGCGUCGGCCCCGUCGGCCCCUCCGGUUGCUCCCGGGCGAGCGAGCGGCCGGCUGCCCGUCCUCUCGGCGGCCACGUCCCCAGGACGCGCCCGGGCCCACGGCGGUCGCCGACACCAAGCAGUUCCUCUACUGCUCGGGCGGCGGAGAACGCCUGCGCGCCUCCUUCCUGCUCAGCUCCCUGCAGCCCAGCCUGGCGGGGGCCCGGAGGCUCGUGGAGGCCAUCUUCCUGGACGCCCGGCCCCCGCCGCCGGGGGCGCCCCGCAGGACGCGCCGGCUACCCGCGCGCUACUGGCAGAUGAGGCCCCUGUUCCGGGAGCUGCUCAGGAACCACGCGCGGUGUCCCUACGGCGCGCUCCUCAGGACUCACUGCCCGCUGCGGGCCACGGCCACCCCAGCGGGGUCCGGCGACCAUGGGCCCCGCGGAGCAGGCGCCUGCGCCCGGGAGGAGGAUGCGGGCCCGCAGCGCCUGGUCCAGCUGCUCCGCCAGCACAGCAGCCCCUGGCACGUGUACGGGCUCCUGCGGGCGUGCCUUCGCCGCCUGGUGCCCGCGGGCCUCUGGGGCUCCAGGCACAACGAGCGCCGCUUCCUGAAGAACGUGAAGAAGUUCGUGUCCCUGGGGAAGCACGCCAAGCUCUCCGUGCAGGAGCUGACCUGGAAGAUGAAGGUGCGGGACUGCGCCUGGCUAGGCCGGAAACCAGGGGGCCGCCCUGUCCUGGCCGCUGAGCACCGUCGGAGGGAGGCGCUGCUGGCCAAGUUCCUGCGCUGGCUGAUGGGCACGUACGUGGUCGAGCUGCUGCGGUCCUUCUUCUACGUCACGGAGACCGCGUUUCAGAAGAACCGGCUCUUCUUCUUCCGGAAGAGCGUCUGGAGCCAGCUGCAAAGCAUGGGCAUCAGACAGCACUUCGAUAGGCUGCAACUUCGAGAACUGUCGGAUGAUGAGGUCCAGCAGCUUCGGGAAGCCAGACCGGCUCUGCUGCAGUCCAGACUCCGGUUCCUCCCCAAGCCCAGUGGGCUGCGGCCUAUCGUGAACAUGCACUACGUCGCGGGAGGCAGGACCUUGCGCAGAGACAAGAAGGUGCAGCAUGUCAUCUCGCAAGUCAAGACGCUGUUCAGCGUGCUGAACUACGAGCGGGCACGGCGGCCCGGGCUCCUGGGCGCCUCCGUGAUGGGCCUGGACGACACCUACCGCGCCUGGCGGGCCUUCGCGCUGCGCGUGCGCACCCAGGACCCUGCUCCUCAGCUGUACUUCGUCAAGGUCGACGUGACGGGGGCGUACGACACCCUCCCUCAGGACAGGCUACUGGAGGUCGUGGCCAACGUGAUCCAGCCCCCAGAGCACACCUACUGCACGCGCCACUACGCCGUGGUGCAGAGGGCGGCCCACGGACACGUCCGCAAGUCCUUCAAAAGACACGUGUCCACCUUCAUGGACAUCCAGCCUUACAUGAGGCAGUUCGUGCAGCACCUGCAGGAGACGAGCUCGCUGAGGGACGCCGUGGUCAUCGAGCAGAGCUGCUCCCUGAACGAGGCCAGCAGCAGCCUCCUGGAUUUCUUCCGGCACCUGCUGUGCAGCCAUGUCAUCAGGAUUGGGGGCAAGUCCUACGUCCAGUGUCAGGGUGUCCCCCAGGGCUCGGUGCUGUCCACCCUGCUGUGCAGCCUGUGCUACGCGGACAUGGAGAGCAAGGUGUUCCCUGGGAUCCAGCGCGACGGGCUGCUCCUGCGCCUGGUGGACGACUUCUUACUGGUCACCCCUCACCUGACACACGCGAAGGCCUUUCUCAGGACCCUGGUCAGGGGCGUGCCCGAGUACGGCUGCGUCGCGAACCUGCGGAAGACGGUGGUGAACUUCCCCGUGGAGGACGGCGCCCCGGGCGGCGAGGGCCCCCUGCAGCUGCCAGCCCACUGCCUGUUCCCCUGGUGCGGCCUGCUGCUGGACACGCGCACACUGGAGGUGCUCUGCGACUACUCCAGUUACGCACGGACCUCGAUCAGAGCCAGCCUCACCUUCAGCCGGGGCUUCAAGGCCGGACGCAGCAUGCGUCGCAAGCUCUUCAAGGUCUUGAGGCUGAAGUGUCACAGUCUGUUCCUGGACCUGCAGUCUUCAGAUGGUUUGCACAAACGUUCACAAGAUAUUCCUGCUGCAGGCCUACAGGUGGGCUGCUCGGCGUGCUGUGGGGACUGUCCCGUACCCCAGCUCAUGGGUGGUCACAAAGCUGCUUCCUCGUGCGCGUCCAUGUUGGCUCUGCUGCUUUUGAGGUCCUGUUCCCAGCCACCAGGAAGGCCAGGGUGGCCCGGCGGUCCCCACGUCCCUGUGUGCUGGCCUGUCCUACAGCAGAAGGGGGGCUUGUGGAGCGUGAGGAAGGCAGCCCCACGCGGGGGUGGGAGGCAGGCGCCUGGGGGGACCCAGAGAACAGAUGGCUUUGCUGUUCCUCGGGAAGACGGACAGCACCCUAGUCACCUGCCCACCUGCCUCGGGACAGAGUGGGCAUCACUCAAUGGUCUCCAGGGAGACUGGCCCCUGGGCAGCUCAGGGAGGAGCCACCUGGAAAAUGCUCUGCCCAGAGUCUGAGUCGGGCUGGUGGCUGUGAGCUGAGGGCGGAUGAGGGGUCCACAGCCAUCUCCCCGGAGACAGGGAGCCUUUGAGUCUGUGUUACCAGGUUCCUUUGAGACAAGGUCGUGUCUCAGGAACUGGACAGGGCUGUUGGAGGACCUGUCACACCAGGAAACUGCUUUCAGCCCCGGGGGCCCGUGCCCUGUGGUCCCACCACGCGGGCCAUGCGUGCCCUUCCGUUGUCCCGUUGGCCAGGCCCCAUGUUCAGCACCUCUGCUCUCUGUGUCGCAUACCUGCCUCGACCUGCGUCGUCCUCCCUGGAAAUGUGCUGAGUGUGAACCUGCCCACAGGCCACUCGCAGCUACAGAUGAGGUGGCCGUGACACCUCGCUGCUCAGGCCCUCAGCCCCAAGUCCCUGGGGCCAUGUCACCUCGCCCGCCGACAGCCCUGCCCGUGUUCAGCCCGGCCUGGCCGUAUCCCCACCAGGGGAUCCUGUUGCUCAGCGGGGCCCUGGCCCCGGAAACCUGCCGGCCAGGGAACGUUGUAGAGACCUGGGCUCAGGACAGGCGUCCCCACCCACUGGCGUAAAUGUUGGCUGUUUCCAAACAUGGGCGGUUAGGCUCACAGGAGGUCUGAGGCCCUGUGCCCUCCAUGGCAGGACAGGGGAUGUGGAGCUGGGCCGUGAUGGUCAUGGCAACCGGGGCUGCGGCAGGUGAGGCUGGGUGAUGUGCCUGGCGCUCAGAGCAGGACACUCGCCAGGCACUGUCUGUCUGUCUGGUGCCCGCGGGCUUAGCUCUGUUUUCGUCCGAGUGUGGGCUCCGGGCCGGGCUGUUGGGAGAUAACAGCAUCCACGCGUGGAGGCCUCUCCCUGCUGCACUGAGCUCCCCCUGUCCCUCCGGAGAAGGUGGCCCACCUGCAGAACGUGUGCUCCUCUCAGGC